AUGAGGUACCUGGGUCUCAACCUGGACGGGAGGUGGGCUUUCGGGGCUCAUUUUAACCAGCUAGCCCCGAGAGUCGUGAGAGCCGCUGCCUCACUGGGGAGGCUGCUGCCGAACGUGGGUGGUCCGAGUGCCCAUUGCCGUCGGCUGUACUCCGGAGUCAUCCGGAGUAUGGCCAUGUACGGGGCACCUGUCUGGGCGGACGCCCUCAGUCGCAGCAACAAGACCCUGCUGCGACGUCCGCAGCGGGUCAUCGCGACGAGGGCGAUACGCAGUUACCGGACGGUGUCCUGGACGGCGGCGUGCGUGCUGGCCGGCGAUCCCCCCUGGGAAUUACAGGCGGAGAUCCUCGCAGAAAUUUACCACUUCGUGGCGGCGAGGAGAUCCCGGGGGGAGCCCCCAACGUUGGAGGAGGUCGCACGCAUGCGGAGGCAGGCGCAGGACACCCUGUUGCGGCGGUGGACGGAGGACCUGGCCCCACCGGUCCCCGGGCAGUGGACGGUGGACGCGAUCAGGCCGGUCCUUCAAAAGUGGGUGAGGCGGCGGUUCGGGCCGCUGACCUUCCGUUUGGUGCAGUUGCUAGUAUCCUUAAGUCCUUGUAUCCUUAUUCCUCCUAGUAGUAUUGACACUUGGAUACAAAAGUCAGAGAUAAAUUCUGUAACUUUAUUUUUCUUGUUCCUUCUUCUUUUGGCAUAG